AUGGCAGGUAUAAUUGAGCAUAUCAAAUCGAAAAUCAAAGGCGAAAUCACGUCACCCAAGGCCAUCAGAUUUAGUUUAGAUUUAGUCAAUUUAUCAAUUGAUCAUAUCCAUUUACUAGAAGAGAUUAAUAAGAGAACGGUAUUGCUGGAAGGUCCUUUGGUGUACCGAGCCAUUCAGAGAUACGAACAAUUGUGGCUUCCACUGGUUGCCGAAAACCACCAGCAAAUCUUAGCAGCGCCCAUAGAUAUAGAAUGGAUCUGGCACUGUCACUUGCUUGCUCCAGUGAUGUACCACAGAGAUUGCGAGAACGCCGUCGGUCAAUCUAUUAACCAUCAACUAUUGGACGGCAGGAAAAAAUUAAAGGCUUUGGAGAUUUCAAAAAGUCUGUGGAACAAAAAGUAUCCUGACGAACCAUUCGACAUACCUCUGAAUGGAGAAGGCGUAUCGCCUGAUUUCAUGUAUGAAUCUCAUGCACUUUCUUACGAUUUGGUCGCAGCUGUGUCUAGACAAAAACAUUUCUAUUACCAAGUCAGUCUUCCACAUUUCAAGGACACUAAAUAUUUGGAAAACAGUUUAAUGCGUUACAAAAAGUAUCUGUACUUAAAGAAAGUCAACCCUGAAGCGUUCUUGGUACCGUGUUACGACAUUGAUCUGAUCUGGCACACUCACCAGCUCCACCCAUUUAUCUACCGAGACGAAACAACCAAACUCCUUGGAAAGAUUUUCCAACACGACGAUUCAGUUAAUGAGCGUCAUCCUGGUUCCAGACUUAGCAAAGCUGAUGCUUUCACCAGAACGAAGUGGAAGAGCCAAUACAACGAAAACUUUGCUAAUUUUGGUGCCAUGUAUCGUGGCGAUCUUCCAUUGAACAAGCUAGCCAUGGUUUCGCCUGGAGACACUUACGGGUUUUCGACCAAAUCCGCUUGGAUUGACAUCCAUAAAGUAAAAGUCGAUGGAUUGAAUGGAAACAUUGAUAAAACAAAAGUUAAAAUAUAUUUCGCUUGUAAUUUGACCAAAGGACCAAAAUUGACCACAAUCAGAGGACUUCAAAGGGAAUGGAAUGACCACGAAAAGAAUCACAUCAAAUUCGAAUUCGACACUAAACAAUUCAAUCAAUUAAAAGUAUCCAUUUCGCAGCAUGAUGGUACUUGUAUAUCGUGUUUCGGACAAUAUGAUGAUAUCGCUUCAACAUUUUAUGAUUUCUUACCAGUGUUGGAAGGGACUGGAACUCGGGGGCUGAAAUUCUCGGAGGAACUCACUGUGAACACUAAUACCCACGGUGCGCUCAAGGUUCAUCUACAUGGCUUCAUCCAACCACCUACAAUGGGAAAGUGCUUGUUGUUUUUACAAAAUGGGCGUUACGAUCAAUGUAAUAUGCCUCUAAAUUCAGAAAGACUUUGGGGGCCAAUACCUUUACCUAAACCAGCCAAUAACAUGGACGAAAACAAAUGCAGCGUAGCUAGUCAUGUGUUAUCAAAUCAAAUGGAAAGAUUAAUAUCUAAAUAUCUAUUUCAGGUUAUCAAAUCAAAUGGAAAGAUUGAUAUUGAAAUAUCUAUUUUAGGCCAUUUAAUCACACGGGAAGAUUAA